CUACGCAGUGGCUGCUCAGUUGCGGUUGGGCCUCGGAGGCGUCAACAACCCUCUCCUAGCUGCCGAGCCAUGGCUGUCCGGGCCCCUGUGCAGCGGGGCGACGUCAGUGCCGAAAGAUACCUAUUUGUAGACCGAAACCAGGUGGGCAACCCAGCCUCACAGGCUGACUGGACAGCCAAGCGGCUCGUGUGGGUCCCGUCGGAGCGCCAUGGCUUCGAGGCAGCCGGGCUGCGGGAAGAGCGGGGAGAGGAAGUGCUGGUGGAACUGGCCGAGAACGGCCGUCAGGUGCUGGUCGCCAAGGACGAUAUCCAGAAGAUGAACCCUCCAAAGUUCACCAAAGUGGAGGAUAUGGCGGAGCUCACCUGCCUUAACGAAGCCUCGGUGUUGCAUAACCUCAAAGACCGCUACUACUCAGGCCUCAUCUACACUUAUUCAGGGCUUUUCUGCGUGGUCAUCAAUCCUUAUAAAAAUUUGCCCAUCUACACAGAGCAGAUAGUGGAAAUGUACCGGGGGAAGAAACGACAUGAGAUGCCACCCCACAUCUAUGCCAUCUCUGAAGCUGCCUACCGAAGCAUGUUACAGGAUCGAGAAGAUCAGUCUAUCUUGUGCACGGGUGAGUCGGGUGCUGGCAAGACUGAGAACACAAAGAAAGUGAUCCAGUAUUUAGCACAUGUGGCUUCAUCGCACAAAGCCCGGAAGGACCACAGUGUUCCGCCGGAGUACCCGAACGAAGGCAAACAGAUCUCCAACCCUGCUUCCUACGGUGAACUGGAGCGCCAGCUGCUGCAAGCCAACCCCAUCUUGGAGGCUUUCGGCAAUGCAAAGACAGUAAAGAAUGACAACUCUUCACGAUUUGGAAAAUUUAUUCGGAUCAAUUUUGAUGUAGCCGGCUACAUUGUUGGAGCCAAUAUAGAGACAUACCUCCUGGAAAAAUCACGAGCUAUUCGCCAGGCUAAGGAUGAGCGAACCUUCCACAUCUUCUACCAGCUCUUAGUGGGCGCUGGCGAGCACAUGAAAGGGGAACUGCUGCUGGAGCCGUUCAAUCAGUAUCGCUUCCUUUCCAAUGGAUACCUGCCCAUCCCAGGGCAGCAAGACAAGGAGAUCUUCCACGAGACCAUGGAGUCGAUGCGCAUCAUGGGCUUUUCCCACGAGGAGAUACACUGUAUGCUACGGAUGGUCUCUGCUGUGCUGCAGUUUGGAAACAUUGUCUUCCGUAAAGAGCGGAAUACGGAUCAGGCCUCCAUGCCCGAUAAUACAGCUGCUCAGAAACUCUGCCACCUUUUGGGCAUGAAUGUCACUGAGUUCACACGUGCCAUCCUCACCCCCCGCAUCAAGGUUGGCCGAGACUAUGUGCAGAAGGCACAGACGAAGGAACAGGCUGACUUUGCUGUUGAAGCAUUGGCCAAAGCCACUUACGAACGGCUCUUCCGCUGGUUGGUGCAUCGGAUCAACCGGGCGCUGGACCGAACCAAGCGCCAGGGGGCAUCCUUCAUUGGCAUUCUGGACAUAGCAGGGUUUGAAAUCUUCCAGCUGAAUUCCUUUGAACAGCUCUGCAUCAACUACACCAAUGAGAAGCUUCAGCAGCUUUUCAACCACACCAUGUUUGUGCUGGAGCAGGAAGAAUACCAGCGGGAAGGGAUUGAAUGGAACUUCAUUGACUUUGGCCUGGACCUCCAGCCCUGCAUCGACCUCAUUGAAAGACCAGCAAACCCCCCAGGGGUGCUGGCCCUUCUAGAUGAGGAAUGCUGGUUCCCUAAAGCUACAGAUAAGAGCUUUGUGGACAAAAUUAUCCAGGAACAGGGGAACCACCCGAAGUUCCAGAAGCCCCGGCAGCUGCGGGACAAAGCUGAUUUCUGCAUCAUCCAUUACGCUGGCAGGGUGGACUACAAAGCAGACGAGUGGCUGAUGAAAAACAUGGACCCCUUGAAUGACAACGUGGCCACUCUUCUCCACCAGAGCGCAGACAGGUUCACGGCAGAACUUUGGAAAGACGAGAUCCAGAAUAUACAGAAGGUGUAUUUCUUUGACAGCUAUGCCGUGGCACCACAGGGUCCAGCGGAAAUGGACCGGAUUGUAGGUCUGGACCAGGUGAGUGGGAUGGGAGACCUCACCUUUGGUGCCUCGUACAAGACGAAGAAGGGAAUGUUCCGGACCGUGGGGCAGCUGUACAAGGAAUCUCUCUCCAAGCUCAUGUCAACGCUACGCAACACCAACCCCAAUUUUGUGCGCUGCAUCAUCCCCAACCAUGAGAAAAGAGCUGGAAAGCUGGAGCCUCACCUCGUGUUGGACCAACUGCGCUGCAACGGAGUCCUGGAGGGAAUUCGCAUUUGUCGGCAGGGGUUCCCCAACCGCAUCAUCUUUCAGGAAUUCCGGCAAAGAUAUGAGAUCCUAACACCAAAUGCCAUUCCCAAAGGAUUCAUGGAUGGGAAGCAGGCCUGCGAGCGCAUGAUCAAAGCCUUGGAGUUGGACCCCAACCUCUACCGCAUUGGCCAGAGUAAGAUCUUCUUCCGGGCCGGGGUUUUGGCUCACCUGGAAGAGGAACGGGACCUGAAGAUUACAGACAUUAUAGUAUCAUUCCAGGCAGCGGCCCGGGGAUACUUAGCCCGCAAGGCUUUCAUGAAGAAGCAACAGCAGAUGAGUGCCCUCAAGGUCAUGCAACGCAACUGUGCCGCCUACCUCAAGUUGCGCCACUGGCAGUGGUGGCGUCUCUUCACCAAGGUGAAGCCCCUGUUGCAGGUGACGCGCCAGGAUGAGGUAAUGCAAGCGAAAGCUCUGGAGCUGCAAAAAGUGCAGGAGAAACACAUAAAAACCCAAACGGACCUCAAGGAGCUGGAAAACAAAUACCAGCAGCUUUCAGAGGAGAAAACCAUUCUGGCCGAGCAGCUGCAGGCUGAGACGGAGCUUUUUGCUGAAGCUGAGGAGAUGCGGGCCCGGUUGGCCGCCCGGAAACAGGAGCUGGAAGACAUCCUUCACGAGCUGGAGUCACGCGUGGAAGAAGAGGAGGAGCGAUGCCAGCAACUGCAGGGGGACAAGAAGAAGAUGCAGCAGCACGUCCAGGACCUUGAAGAGCAACUGGAGGAGGAAGAGGCUGCUCGGCAGAAGCUGCAGCUGGAGAAAGUGAGCACAGAGGCCAAGCUGAAAAAAAUGGAGGAGGACCUGCUGGUGCUGGAAGACCAGAACUCAAAGCUGCAGAAAGAGAGGAAGCUGAUGGAAGAACGUCUCUCAGAAUUCACUUCUCAUAUGGCGGAGGAGGAGGAGAAGGUGAAGAGCUUGUCCAAACUGCGCAAUAAAUACGAAGCGGUCAUGGCUGACAUGGAAGAUCGGCUGAAGAAGGAAGAAAAAGCACGCCAGGAGCUGGAGAAACUGAAGCGCAAGCUCGAUGGGGAGGCCGGGGACCUGCAGGAGCAGGUGGCAGAACUGCAGCAGCAGCUGGAGGAGCUCCGUCAGGCCUUAGCAAGAAAGGAGGCUGAGCUGCAGGCAGCCCUAGCCAGAGUGGAGGACGAAUCAGCCCAGAAGAACGCCGUGUUGAAGUCCCUCCGUGAGCUACAAGCUCAGCUGGCAGAAGUGCAGGAAGACCUGGAGUCCGAGAAGGUGGCCCGUGCCAAGGCCGAGAAACAGCGGCGUGACCUGGGCGAGGAGCUGGAGGCACUGAAGACAGAACUCGAGGACACGCUGGACUCGACGGCUGCACAGCAAGAGCUACGGUCAAAGCGUGAACAGGAAGUGACGGAGCUCAAGAAGACCAUUGAGGACGAAGUCAAGGUGCAUGAAGCACAAGUGCUGGAGAUGCGGCAGCGCCACACGAGCGCCCUAGAAGACCUGUCAGAGCAGCUGGAGCAGACACGCCGGUUCAAAGCGACACUGGAAAAGACCAAGCAAGCCCUGGAAGGGGAGAAUGCUGAGAUGCAGAAGGAGCUAAAAGUCCUCCAAGGAGCCAAGCUGGAGUCGGAGCAACGGCGGAAGAAGCUGGAAGGCCAAGUCCAAGAGCUGCAGCUCCGGGCCGCCGAGAGUGAAAGAGCCAAGUCUGAGCUCACGGAGAAGCUGGGGAAGCUGCAGAAUGAGCUGGAUGGCGUCUCGGGUACCCUAGGAGGUGCAGAGUCCAAGGCAAUAAAACUUGCCAAAGACCUGGCCAGUGUGGAGUCCCACCUGCAGGAUACUCAGGAACUGCUUCAGGAGGAGACACGGCAGAAACUGAAUCUGAGCUCACGGGUCCGUCAGCUGGAAGAGGAGAAAACAGCCCUUCUGGAACAGCUUGAGGAAGAGGAGGCGGCCAAAGCCAACUUCACCCGCCAAAUCCAGAGCUUGCAACAGCAGGUAAUGGAGACCAAGAAGAAACUGGAAGAGGAUGCCGGCGUAGCCGAGUCCAUAGAGGAAGCUCGGCGCCGGGCAGCCAAGGAACUGGAAGCCAUCUCCUUGCGCUACGAGGAGAGGGUCCAGGCCUGUGACAAGCUGGAGAAAGGGCGCACUCGGCUGCAGCAGGAGCUGGACGAUGUGACUGUGGCUCUCGACCAGCAGCGGCAGGUGGUCUCUGCCCUCGAGAAGAAGCAGAAGAAAUUCGACCAGAUGUUGGCGGAGGAGAAGCUGAUCUCGGCCCGCUAUGCUGAGGAGAGGGACCGGGCAGAAGCGGAUGCCCGUGAGAAAGAGACCAAAGUGCUGUCGCUGAGCCGUGCCUUGGAAGAGGCGCUGGAGGCUCGGGAGGAGCUGGAGAGGCAGAACAAGCAGCUGCGAGCAGAGAUGGAUGACCUGGUCAGCUCCAAGGACGAUGUGGGCAAGAAUGUGCAUGAGCUGGAGCGCUCCAAGCGGGCCUUGGAACAGCAAGUGCAAGAGAUGCGAGCCCAGCUGGAGGAGCUGGAAGACGAGCUUCAGGCCACCGAAGAUGGGAAGUUGCGCUUGGAGGUCAACAUGCAGGCCCUGAAGGCGCAGCACGAGAGGGAGCUGCAGACCCGUGAUGAUGCCAACGACGACAAGAAGAAACUGCUGAGCAAGCAGGUUCGGGAGCUGGAGGCGGAACUGGAUGCUGAGAGGAAACAACGAGCCCAAGCGCUCGCAGCCCGGAAGAAGCUGGAACUUGACCUCCAGGAGGCACUGGCGCAACUGGAUGCUGCCAACAAAGGACGGGACGAAGCUGGGAAACAGCUGCGCAAGUUGCAGGCUCAGAUGAAGGAGCUGUGGAGGGAAGUAGAAGAAGCCCGAGCAGCCCGGGAAGAAAUUUUCAUCCAAUCUCGUGAGAGUGAGAAGAAAUUGAAGAAUUUGGAGGCAGAGCUGCUGCAGUUGCAGGAGGAGUUGGCAGCAUCAGAACGGGCCAAGAGGCAGGCACAGCAGGAGCGAGAUGACCUGGCAGAUGAGCUGGCUAAUGGAAACAGCGGCAAGUCAGCUCUUCUGGAUGAAAAACGCCACCUGGAAGCAAGAAUUGCUCAGCUGGAAGAAGAACUAGAUGAAGAGCAAAGCAACAUGGAGCUCUUGAAUGACCGAUAUCGCAAGCUCAGCAUGCAGGUAGAGACAGUCACUACAGAGCUGGCAGCUGAGCGCAGCUUCUCACAGAAGACAGAGAACGCUCGGCAGCAGCUGGAGCGCCAGAAUAAAGACCUGAGAGCUAAGCUUGGUGAGAUGGACUCGUCCGUCAAGUCCAAAUAUAAAAUGGCUAUCGCAACUCUGGAGUCCAAAGUGGCCCAGCUGGAAGAGCAGUUGGAGCAGGAAUCAAGGGAGAGGAUCCUGUCAGGGAAACUUGUUCGGAGGGCAGAGAAGAAACUGAAGGAGGUGAUCCUCCAGGUGGAUGAAGAGAGGAGGAACGCAGACCAGUACAAAGAUCAGGUUGAAAAAAGCCAAUUACGGUUGAAGCAGCUAAAACGACAGCUGGAGGAGGCUGAGGAAGAAGCAUCGCGGGCUAAUGCUAGUCGCCGCCGUAUGCAGCGUGAGCUUGAGGAUGUCACUGAGUCAGCUGAAUCCAUGAACCGUGAGGUCACCAGUCUCCGGAAUCGCCUCAGCAAGUUAGAACGCCGGCAGCGGAAACGCACACCUCUGAGCUUCACCACUCGAACGGUGCGGCAGGUCUUCCGCCUUGACGGCGUUUCUGACGAGGAGACCGAAGACCCGGAAAGCGACUCCCCCUCUGCAAAUCACCAGCCUUCCCCCCAGCCCCUGGCACCCUCUCAAGGGCCACAGCCGCCGCCGGGGCCCCCCGCCAAUGAGCCAGGCCAGACCGAUUAAAGGGGGGUCUGUGUGUGUGUGUCAGACCCAGGUGGGUGGGCUGGAUCUUGGGGAGAGGGGAGUAGGAACCCCAAUCUUGCACACUGUCAUAUAUACAGGAAGAAGAAGAAAAAAACCCCUCAGCACCCCAAACGCUCCCCUGUGCUCCCCAUUUUCCACUGCCCACCUUGGCUCCUCUUUCAAGGGUCUCCCACCUUCUUUGAAAAACUCCUCCUUGUUAUCAGGCUGCACUUUAAUAUCAACCACCCCUGAGGGGUGAAAACCGGGGAGAAGGAGGGUUUGAGCAUCAGGAUUUUUAACUCUCCUUGGUUUAAUGGGGGAAUCCAACUCAAAUAGCCAUCACUUUUCCUGCACCCUUUCCCCUCUUCUUUAUUUUGCCUCCUCUUCCUUAUCUCAUUAAAUGGUGUCUACAUAUGAACUCCUAGCCUACAAUCCUGAAAUAAGUUAGAGGAAAACCAUCAGGGAUUUGGCAGUAAAUGGACCACCUACAAGAGCAGGAAUGCGGGGAUGGGGGGGUCAUCGUCUCCUGGUCCUGAGAUACAUUCCCUUCCGGCUGGGUGGUUGGUGGACAGGUUUUUUGUUUUCUUUUCUUUUCCGUAUUGUCAUCCUCCACAGUGGCGGCUGCACCAGGGGUGCCUUCUGCUCCCUGUCUCCUGACCUCGCUCAGCAUCUCAACCCCGAGGUCUCCUUGACUACUUUCCCCUGUUCCUCGGGUGGCUGCAAAGGGCCCCUUGAGAGAUCCUUCACACAAAGAAGCAUCUCUGGAAUUUAUCAUCGCUGGAAGGCUGUUUCUUCCAGCAGUCCUUGGCUAUUAAAACCUCCUUCCCACCUGCCUCUUGCACUUGCCCAGACCUUGGGGGUAAAGGUGAGGAAUGAACUGGAAAUACAAGUCAUCUCAGCUUGCCUUCCUCUACUUCGGACUGAAAACAGGUUAACCAAUCUCUCUGCACCUCAUGGCCUGCAGCCAAGCGCACUUUGAUUUCUCCUCUUUCUCCUUUUCCCCUCCAGUCCCCAAACCUGCUACAGUAGGGGUAGGGAUGUAAAAAA